AUAGACAAUCAACAGACAGAGCAUGGUAGAUAUAUAGUGCUGCCAUUUAGUAAUUUUCCAUUCUGGACUCAAUCUGUCUAUAACAGUAAACAUAAACUAGACAAACAUCACAAUAAGCUGCUGAUGUUAUUGAAACUCCUCAUUCUUGAAUGUCAUCUAGUCCCAUGGAGCUCCACUUACAGCUCUCAUGCCCUAAAGACCCUGGUGCUACAUCACCAGGCAACAUGUACAUCUAGUGAGAGAUCAUUGGGAGGUUGCCUGUGUGAUGUAGCUCACAAUGUAUUUCAACUCUAUAAGAUGAAGGAGGAGGAUGAACACCUGCGGAUAUAUGACAGUAGGAAGAAACUUCUAGAUGUAGAUUUCCUAGGUGUUGAUGUACAACCAAGAGUAGCACCAGGAGGACACAUGGAUGAGAAUUAUUGGGUGAUGCCUCUAGUUCUGUACAUCACAAUACGUGCACUGAGAUCUGGCUGCUGUACAGGAGAGGAGGCUCUACAUGUGGACAGAUGGUUAAUCAUAUCUGAACUAUGGAACAACAAGGAGGGUAGCUAUGUACAGCAUUAUGGUUUGUUGGGUCAAAAUUGGAAGAUACCAAUACAAAAGAUUGAUGAAUUAAUAACCAGAUUUUAUAG